GCAUUAAUUUCUGGGAAUUAUCGUCGUUAUACGGCGUGUGAUCGUUUAUGGGUAUUACUCGAGACACGCUCCAUAAGCGUCGCCUUACAGGAGGUAAAAAGGCAGUAUGGAGAAAGAAGCGAAAGUAUAACUUGGGACGACAACCUGCCAACACCAAGUUGGGUCCUAAAGCAGUACGUCCUGUUCGAGUGAGAGGAGGCAACUACAAGUUUCGAGCACUUCGUUUGGACACGGGUAACUUCUCUUGGGGAUCUGAAUCUACUAGCAGGAAGACGAGGAUUGUAGCCGUCGUCUAUAACGCGUCAAAUAAUGAACUUGUAAGAACCAAUACACUAGUCAAAGGUUGCAUCGUUCAGAUCGAUGCUACUCCGUUCCGACAAUGGUAUUCGCAACAUUAUGGUAUAGAAAUAGGAAAGAAGAAGAAGGAUGAUGCACAACAAGAAGAACAGUCACAGACAACUACAAAGGCUGUAGAUAAGCAGAAAGUUUCAGCUGUUAGCCGACCAGUUGAAAAAGCAUUGUUAGAUCAGUUUUCAACAGGAAAGUUGUUGGCUAGAGUUACUUCGAGGCCUGGCCAAUGUGGACGAUGCGAUGGAUAUAUUUUGGAAGCAAAAGAACUAGAAUUUUAUCAACGCCAGAUGCAACGUCGUAAGAAAUCCGGCAAGCAAUAAAUAUUUUUUUCAUAUGCUGACCACAAUACUUUCCUGUUUAUGAAGAAAAUAAACCCAUCAACUUUUUCAAGCUUGUCUGUAAGAAAAGCAAGCACAAGCCUAACGCAACAAUAGAUACAAUACCACCUGCAAGUGA